AUGAGUGUCAAUUUCUUAAAAAAAAUUUGGUCCUUUCCGAGGGCCAAGUCUCAGAGAGCGUAUCACGUGGUCGAUGAUUUUCUGAAUCUGCCCGUGUUCUUUUGCAAAGCCAUGGGUAUAGAGCCCUUUGAAAGUGACCGAAAGUCCGGAAUUUGGUUUUAUGUCUAUUUUGUGCUGAACUCGUUUAACACAAUGGUAGUGUUUGUUACGGGACUCGUGUUUUUGGUAAUCGCAUUCCAAGAUGGUGAACAUUUCCUUGAGGGCUGCAUCGUAAUGAGCUACGUGAUCUUUAUGUUCGUCGGCAUUCUUAAGCUAAUCACCGUGUUGAUUAAGAAGCAAAAGCUAACCCGUUUAGUUCGGCAGUUGGAGUCCUGCUUCCCGUCGCCCAGCGCAAGCGAUCAGGAGCUGUAUGAUGUGAAGAGCUACCUAAAACGAUGCAACAUUAUUACAAGGGGCUACGGUCGCUUCCUAACGCUUAUGGCCAUCUCGCACAGCCUGACUCCUAUGGUCAUAUACUUCUUUCAGAGCUGUGUGCUCCAUUUACCGGAUGCGAAGCAAUCCCUGCCGUAUUACGACAUGGCGCCUUGGAAUUGGAGAGGCAGCUGGUCAUUUUAUCCUGCCUACCUUUUCCAGUUGAUCGCCGGUUAUACGGUUACAUGUGGAGCCAUAUCCAGUGAUGCCAUGAUUUUUGCUGUAGCCUUUCAGGUUCUUAUGCACUACGACAGACUAGCUAAGGCUCUCAGGGAGUUCCAAAUUCGGAACAAUAACCAAUCCGAUGGGGCCAAUGAGGAUCUGAAAGCGCUGCAAUCCCUGAUCGCCUACCACAUAGAUAUUCUGCGACUCACCGACUUGAUGAACGAGGUCUUUGGAGUUCCCUUGCUUUUAAACUUUAUGGCCUCUUCAGUGCUUGUUUGCCUGGUUGGGUUUCAAUUGACUUUUAUUCUUAGUGACUAUUAUUUUUUUAAGCAGGUGCUAUUCCUAGUUGCGGGAUUGGUGGAGAUAUAUCUCCUCUGCUCCUUUAGCCAGAUGCUGAUCAAUGCGAGUGAGGAUGUCAGUACUGCGGCCUACGAUAUGAGUUGGACUGAGGCCGACACACGAUGCCGAAAAAUGUUAAUUAUCUUAUUAAUGCGAGCCCAAAAGCCAGUUUGCUUGAAGGCAACCAUAGUCCUGGACUUAUCCAUGGAGACUAUGAGCAUCUUUCUUGGCACGUCUUACAAGUUCUUCUGCGCUAUUAAAACAAUGUAUGAGUAA